AAUCUUUCAUAUCAGUGCUUUAAUCAUUUCCUGCUGUGGAUCAGUGUAUAGUAAGCAUCGCCAUGUUUUUGCCAUUAAUUGCCAUUCUCCCCCGCGCCAUCUCAUAGCCUUUGAGCAAAUCAUGUCGACUGAGCUCGUGCCUGGUGAUGUCAUCUCUAUUCCGACCAAUGGGAUGAUCAUGCCAUGUGACGCCGUGCUUCUCUGUGGCACCUGCACAGUAAACGAGAGCAUGUUGACAGGAGAGAGCGUACCUGUUAUGAAGACCAGUUUACCAGGUUUUGGCAAGGAGGCAAACAAGAUUUAUAAUUCAGAGGAACACAAGCGACAUGCCCUCUUCUGUGGCUCACAUGUGAUCCAAAGUCAUUUCUAUGCUGAUGAGCCGGUGAAGGCGGUCGUGGUCAGAACCGGCUUCAGUACACAAAAGGGUCAGCUUGUGCGUUCCAUUCUCUACCCGAAACCCACCGACUUCAAACUGCACCGUGAUGCCACACAGUUCCUGAUGUGUAUGGUGGGCUUGGCAAUGAUUGGCUUCAUCUACACCAUCACUAUCGAUGUCCUAAAUGAGGUUCAUAUUCAGGGCAUCAUCUUCGACACUCUGAAUAUCGUUAUAAUCGCUGUGCCCCCGAUCUUACCCGUGGCCUUGUCUGCUGGUAUCGGGCACGCACAGAGACGCUUGAAGCGUGUCGGCAUCUUUUGUCUCAGUCCGCAAAGGAUCAACAUAUGUGGUCAGCUGAACCUGGUCUGCUUUGACAAGACUGGAACUCUUACUGAGGAUAGUUUGGACUUGUGGGGUAUUCAGAGAGCUGAAAAUGAAAUUUUCCUACCUCCAGACACCGACGUGUCAACAAAGAAUCUGCUCAACACUUGCUUUGCUGCCUGCAUGGCAACAUGCCACUCACUGACCACCAUAGAGGGCAAACUCUUUGGCGACCCUUUGGACCUCAAAGUGUUCAAUGCCACAGGCUCGAUUCUCGAUGACGCCAGAAAAGAACAUAUUGCCCUUUACAAAAUCAAUAUUUCCACUGUUGUGCAACUUCCGCAGCAGGUAAUCCAUAAGUCAAUUCGGAGAUUGAUGUUAUCCUGUAUGGCUCUUCCUAAAUGUAAUAUAUAUACAUUCAACUUUCAGUCUGGUGAAUUUGGCAUUGUGCGCCAGUUCCCCUUCUCCUCAGCAUCGCAGAGGAUGAGUGUGGUGGUCCGGCAGCUGGGACAAAAACACUUGGAUGUCUACCUAAAAGGAGCACCAGAGACUGUGGUUGACCUUUGCAGACCAGACACAGUCCCACAGAGUUUCAAAGAGACUUUGGAGUCUUACACCCGGCAGGGGUUUAGGGUUAUCGCCCUGGCACACCUGCAACUGGAGUCCGAACUCUCCUUGCCACAAAUCCAUAGCCUCAGCCGAGAGCAGAUAGAAACCGGCAUGGACUUCCUUGGUUUGAUCAUCAUGCAGAACAAAAUCAAAGAACAGACUAACGGUGUUUUGCUUGAUUUAAGACAAGCCAACAUUCGAACUUUAAUGGUGACAGGUGACAACAUGUUGACUGCAAUAUCUGUGGCACGAGACUGUGGGAUGAUUCAAGCCCAUGAGAAAGUUAUUAUUGCAGAUGCUGUGCCUCCGAAUGAUCAAAACCCUGCUAGUAUUAUGUGGCGCUACCCGGCGAAUCCUGUUCUGAACAAUAAUCAAAUGUCUACAAUAAGCUUUGCUGGUGAGGGAUUACAUUGUGAGAAGAACACAGAUUAUCACUUUGCAUUGAGUGGCCAAGCCUUUGCUGUCAUCUCUGAGCACUUUCCACAACUUCUUCAGAAGAUUCUCCUGGGAGCCACUGUGUUUGCCCGAAUGGCUCCAGAUCAGAAGACCCAGCUGGUGCAAGCCCUGCAGAACAUUGAUUACAUUGUUGGGAUGUGUGGAGAUGGUGCUAAUGACUGUGGGGCCUUGAAGAAAGCACACAGUGGGAUCUCCCUCUCUGAGCUGGAGGCCUCAGCAGCUUCCCCCUUUACCUCCACCGUUCCGAACAUCUCUUGUGUGCCUAACCUCAUCAGGGAAGGCCGCGCCGCUCUUGUCACGUCUUUCUGUGUGUUCAAAUACAUGGCCCUCUUCACCAUCAUCUUGUUCUGCAGCACAACUCUGCUCUACUCAGUUCUUACAAACUUUGGAUUCUACCAGUUCUUAUUUAUUGACAUUGGCGUCACUAUCUUUGUUGUCUUUACAAUGAGCCUAAACCCAGCGUGGAAGAAGUUGGUGAAGCAAACCCCUGAAACCAGCCUGAUUUCCUGCUCAGUGCUCUACUCGCUUAUUUCUCAGAUCUUCAACUGCCUACUGUUCCAGCUUGUGGCUUUUUUUUUAGUGCAACAUCAGAGUUGGUAUGAGCCGCCCAAGUCAAUCCAUGAUCCCUUCUCCAAGUAUGACCCUAACGAACUGUCUAACCUCAGUGUAACGCCACCACCUAAAGAAUUUACUUGACUGUAGCAAUCAUCUUCUGUAAGGGAAAACCUUUUCGACAACCAUCCUAUAAAAACUGGGCUUUUAUGCAAUCU